ACCUGCCAGAGCUGCUUCCUCGCCUCCGAAACGAGCUGAGCAUUACCGGCGCGCUCCUGGCUCUUGCUAACUCCCUCUCUCCCAUGUCUCCCCAGCUGGUUUCCGCGGGCCGUGCCGGACGCAUCUCCAAGGACUCGUUCCUGCAGGGAACCCCUGCCCUGCGCAAAGUUGAUCCCUCCAGAUUUGGGUGCCUGUGCUCCUCUGGCUGAGGAGGCGUGACGGCAGCGGACAAACAUGAAAACCUGGGUUUGUGAUUUGGGGCAGAAACUGGAGAUUUUCACCCCUUUCCUGGGCAAGUACCGUCCGUUCGUGGGGCGUUGCUGCCAGACCUGCACCCCGAGGAGCUGGGAUCGCUUCUACCAUGAGCAGUUCUCCUCUCUCAGCUUCCGCAACGUCAUCCAGGUGACAGAGGAAAACACUAGGUACAGGGGCUGGCUGGUUCGAAGACUCUGCUAUUUCCUCGCUGCGCGGGUGAAUUGGAAAGUCCCUGCUGACACCCCCGGAGACCUCGCGGAGAGGAUCUGCCACAGUAAAAGGGUACAGGAUGUUGCUGCUGGCCAGGCCCACGGCUCUGGAGGGGACAGCAAGUCCCAGCUACAAUGGAGGGAAAAAGUACUCAAGAUCCUGGCCCAAAUUCAGGCCCCACUCUCUCUUUUCAUGCUGAGGCUGUGCAGCUGGGCUCUGCUCAGGCUCCUGAACUGCCUCUUUCUCAACGUGCAGCUCCACCGUGGGCAGCUGGAGAUGGUGCUGAGGGCUGCCAGGACGCCUGGCGUGCCGCUGGUUUUCCUCUCAACGCACAAGUCACAGCUGGAUGGGUUGCUGCUCUCCUUCCUCCUCUUCUCCCAGGGCCUAGGGGUGCCCAGAGUGACGGUGGGUGGCCAAACGUGCAGCCCUCACCUCCGGGCCUUGCUCAGCUGCCUGGGAGGUGUCUUCCUGCCCGCAAGGACGGAGCAGAUGCCGAGCGACCAGGACGAAGAGCUCUCAGGGGCUGUACUUGCUGCGUAUGUUGAGGAGGUGCUGAAGAGCCGGCAGCCUCUGCUGAUCUUCCUGGAAGAGCCCUUCUCCAGCACCCUGCAUCUCUCUGCCUCUGCCUGGGAGUGGCUGGCCCUGGUGUACCGAGCUUUGCGGGACGGCGCCGUCUCCGACAUCCUCCUGGUCCCCGUGGGCAUCGCCUAUGACGUGGCCCCCGACGGCUGUCGCGAGGAGCGAGCGGACAGCGCUCAGCCCCUCAGCCUCUGCGCCUGCCUCUGGGCAGCGUGCCGAGCCUUGUGCCGAGAGUUCGGCUGCGUCCGGGUGGACUUCGCCCAGCCCUUCUCCUUACAGGAGUUUGCAGCAAAAAACCUCGUCAGACGGAGCUGCGCAGCGAAGUCGCUGGAGGAGCUGCUGCUGCCCAGCAUCCUCAGCACGUGCCAGCUGGACGGCGACAAGGCAGAGGUUUGGGGUCCAGGUGCUGGAACAGCUGCCGGCUUGAAGGCAGAAGAAGAAAUGUUGGUGACCAAGCUGGGCCUGCACUCCCUGAGCGACGGUGUUGCCUGCUCCGCUGUCAUGGCUGUGGGGAUCACAUCCGCACUGCUGCUGCACAAGCACCGCGAGGGUGUCUUCCUCUCUCGGCUCAUGUCCGACUUCUCAUGGCUCCUGGAGGAGAUCCUGCUGCGCCACCACGAUGUGGGCUUCUCGGGGCAGCUCCGCGCCGUGGUGCUGCACAGCCUCUCCCUGCUCAGCGCCCACGUCGCCGUGUACUGUCUCUCGCCGCCCGGUGACGUCCUGGUGGUCCCUGAGGCCUCGGCGGCAGCUUGGCAGGAGCUGGGCCUCCACAGUGCGGCCCUCCUGCCCGUCUUCGCCAGCGAGGCGGUGGGAGCUUGUGCCAUCCACGCCUUGCUGGUGGAGAUGCUGCCCUUUCUGGGGAUGGUCACCAGGCCCUGCGGCAUGGUGCUGAGCCAGGACGAGCUGUACCGCAAGAUCCUGGCGCUCCUCCGGCUCCUGCCCCUCAACCUGCUGGGGCUCCAGCCCUGCCAGACCCUCGAGUGCUACAGCCAGGAUGUCUUGGACAAGCUCGUCCGGUGUGGGCUGCUGGAGGCUGAAGAGUUGGAGCGCGAGCACCGGCUCUGUGACGUGGCCCACCGGCCCUUCCUCAGGAGGCUGCCCUGGAUGGAGAUGGACUUCGCGGACAGCGACAGCGAUGAUGAGGACAACGUCAGCAAGCGCUGCUUCAAGCUCUGCCAGCCUCACGGCUCGCCUGACUUCCUCCUCUUCCCCUCCGGAGUCCGCCGAAGCCCCCUUCCUCGCAGCCCCGGUGGUGGCUCAGCCCUGUUGCAGAGCAGCUGUGCCCUCUCCAGGGGCUGCAGGGCAUUUGGGUUUGAGUCAGCGGCGCUGAACCUCGCUCUCCCCUACCUAGAGCCGGCCUACGUGGAUGCGCUGCAGCGCUUCUUGGCAGAGGACGGCAGUUUCGAGUGGGCGAACAGGAGCCUGGCCCUGAGCUCUCUGCAGACCUUCAAGGAGCUGGGGGUAAGUGCAGCCGGGCUCUGCCAGCCCCGCUCCUGCCUCGCGCUACCUCGCCGUGACGCUCCUCUGCCUCCCCAGGUGCUGAAGGAGGUGACGAGCCCCGCAGGGCCCCUUCUGCGCCUCGGCGAGCCUUUCCGCUCCAGGGAGAACCGGGAGAAGCUGGAGGCCUUCAUCCAGCAGUUCACAGAGCGGUGAGCUGGCCCCAGCGCUGCGGACCGCUGUGGGUGCCGGCAACAAUAAAUCUGGCUCGGCCUCGGCUGCUGGCACAGAGAGAGCAGGUAGCAUAACCGUGGUUUUAUUGAAGGCGUUUGAGGCACGGGGAGGCGGUCGCGUCGCAGCGGCGGGGCUCAGCGUCUUCACACCACCUUGUUCCGGAUGGUGCCCAGCUCCUCGAUUUCGCACUGCACCACGUCUC